AUGUCGACUGUGAGCAGCGAAGUGUCCCGGCGGUGCGUCCAGCACAACCCGUACAACAUGCAGCUGCUUGGCGUGCAAUGCGACGGCAUCAGUUCGGCUGCGAAGGAAUUCUUCAACGCCGCUGCAGCGAUGGAGGAGGCCGCGGCGGCGGCACGGAAGGAAUUCGAAACUAUGGAUGACUACGACCAACUGACGUGCACAGAAGGCGAGGGCGGGAUAUCGGACAACGUCACAGACGAGGCCAGUCACACGAUGUCCGCAUUACAAGCGUCACCAGCGGCUUUUGUGGUGCGUCCUUCGCCCGUGUUAACCGCCGUACGCUACGCCUCCGUGAAUUUCCGUUUUGGCAGCGCCUGGUUCGUCGCCCCCUUCCGCACCGCCGUUGGCGAGAUGGUCGUUGUGGAGUACCCGCACAACAAAAGCCUCCACAUGGGCCUUGUCAGCUGCAUCUCGACGCGGGUUCCGCCCACGUUUGCCGCCAUGGUGACUGCGGACGGCACUAUCAGUGAGGGGGACCUUCAGCAGUGUCCGACGCUUCUGCGCCACGCCCGCGACUUUGACCGGCAGACGAAGCUGGAGCUGCGCUCACACGACCUUGCCUCGCUGAAAAACGCGCAGGCGCUCGCCUUGGAGCUGGAGACGCCCGUCACCUUCCUAGACGCCGAAUGGUUGCUUGACCUGACGGCCGUGACGUUCCUCGUGAAUGUCUGGGGCGACAUGCCACUGGUGGACCGUCUCGCGGAGGAGCUGGCGGUGUUUGAGGGGGCCGAGGUUGUCUUUACGUACCCCGCGGCGAGCUGA